UUUGUUUACGCAGCAACAGCUGUGUUAUUUUUUCUGUGAAAAGUUUCUAAUUUCUGUUUCAUUUUGUUCAUAAUUGUUUAUUGUACGUGAUGUCCACGCAGAACGGAAUGUAUUAUAGUCUAUUAGAGUGGUUCAAAACGCUUAAUCUUAAUGCGCCACAUGCAAAUGCCGAGGAGCUGGCCGAUGGAGUUGCAUUGGCUCAGGCCCUCAAUCAAUUUGCACCUGAAUCAUUCACCAAUUCGUGGCUCUCGAAAAUCAAAUGCAGCGCUGUGGGCAGCAAUUGGCGUCUUCGUAUGAGCAAUCUGAAAAAGGUUGUCGAGGGCGUCUACGAAUAUUACACCGAUGUUUUGAACUACACGCUUCAGCAAGAUUUUGUUAAACCGGAUGUGCAGGCCAUAGCAGAGAAAUGCGAUCUAACGGAAUUGGAGCGCCUGCUGCAGCUGGUGUUGGGCUGUGCCGUCAACUGUGCCAAAAAACAGUCUUAUAUAUGCGAGAUAAUGUGUCUGGAAGAGGAGCUGCAGGCAAAUAUAAUGCGUGCACUGCAAGAGCUCGAAUCGUCAACACGCCAGAGCGCCGAAGGAGGCGGCGUAGUUAGCUCCUUGUCACGCAACUCGUUGAGCAACAUGCUUGAAGGCAAUACCAAGGCACAGGAGGAACGCGAUGCUAUGGCCCAAAAGUGUUUUGAAACCGAAAAGAAAAUGCUGCUCCUGAUCGAUGAGAAAACGAAUUUACAGCAGGAGCUGCAAAAGAUACAACAGGAAUUCGCGCGCCUGGAGCUCAAUACAAUUGGUGACGAUGGCGUCUCUCUAGGUCCCAUUCAGGCGGGCUCAGUGCGCUACAACGAGCUAAGGCGUCAAUUGGAUUUGGUGAAGGAGGAACUGUUGCAGUCGGAGGGUGCGCGAGAAGACUUGAAAAUCAAGGCGCAGCAACAGGAGGCAGAUAUCUUGCAUAUGCAGCAGCGCAUAGAUGAGCUAAUGAAAACCACCGCAGAGCUGACCUCUCUUAAAGACGAGGUGGAUGUUCUGCGUGAGUCCACAGAUAAGUUGAAGGUAUGCGAGGCCCAACUGGAGACUUACAAAAAGAAGCUCGAAGAGUACAAUGAUUUGAAGAAGCAUGUGAAAAUGCUUGAGGAGCGCAGCGCCGACUAUGUGCAGCAGAACGCUCAAUUCGAGGAGGAUGCCAAACGUUAUGCCAACACAAAGGGUCAAAUUGAGCUAUUUAAGAAAGAGAUCCAAGACCUUCAUGCGAAACUCGACAAUGAGAGCAGCAAAAAUGUCAAGCUGGAGUUCGACAACAAGAACUUGGAAAGCAAAACAUUGACACUGCAACGCGAAAAGGAUAGUCUACUCAAAGAGCGUGAUAAUUUGCGCGAGGCCUUCGAUGAGCUAAAGUGUGGACAGCUUUCAACCAACUCUGGCAGCUUGGCAGGCAACACAGUGUCACGGGAGCUACAACCUUCGGCUAUGGUGGACAAAAUACAACGUCUGGAGGCGGAGAACAAGGCAUUGCGUGAGGGUCAAGGCGGCCAAACGGCUUUGGCGCAACUGUUGGACGAUGCAAACAAGCGUUGCGAACAUUUGCGUGAACAAAUGAAGACAGCCAAUGAGCGCAUUCUCUCCCUGACGCAUGCCUCACAGAGUGACGAUCCUAUAUUGAAGGAAAACGAAUUGAGCAAACAAAUCAAGCAGCUCAUGGAGCUCAAUGAACAAAAAACGCUACAAAUCGAGGAAUCAAGAACACAAAACUCCACAAUGCAGUGCAAAAUCACGCAGUUGGAAUCAAGUUUGAGCGCACGGGAGCAGGAGUUGAUGGCCUAUGAAGUCAAGUAUCGCAAAUGCGUUGAGAAAGCUAAGGAAGUAAUCAAGACCAUCGAUCCGCGCAUAGCUAGUGGCUUGGAGGCAAACAUUUUGGAGAAGAGCAUCGAUGUCAUUGAGGAGGAGUCAAAAACUAAAAUGAGCAACAUGGAGGAGCAGCUAAUGGCAAGCGCCUAUUAUAGACUGGGCGUUAAUGCUCAUCGCGAUGCAGUUGAAUCAAAAUUAGCUUUAUUAAUGGGAUCGGGUCAAACAUUCCUGGCGCGUCAGCGCCAAUCCGCGCCGCGAAAAUCACUAACUACAAUGAAAUCAAAAUAGUUUUGUCCCCCCUUCGUAAGUCCAACGUAAUA